AUGGGGGCAAAUCACCUGGGGAUGGGGGCAAGUAACCUGGGGAUGGGGGCAAAUCACCUGGGGAUGGGGGCAAAUCACCUGGGGAUGGGGGCAAGUAACCUGGGGAUGGGGGCAAAUCACCUGGGGAUGGUGGCAAGUAACCUGGGGAUGGGGGCAAAUCACCUGAGGAUGGGGGCAAGUAACCUGGGGACGGGGGCAAUGAGGCUGGGGGCAAAUCACCUGGGGAUGGGGGCAAGUAACCUGGGGACAGGAGGAAAUAACCUGGGGACAGGGGCAAAUAACCUGGGGACAGGGGGAAAUAACCUGGGGACAGGGGCAAAUAACCUGGGGACAGGGGGAAAUAACCUGAGGGUGGGGCCAUAUAAGCUGGUAAUAGGGGCAAGAAGCCUGGGGACCCGGAGGCUGGCAUCAGGAGCAGGAAGUGUGGUUGUGGGGACAAGCAUCCUGCCAACAACCUCCUGGCUCCUAGCGCACGGGGGGGCUGUCACCGCUAUCUGUCCAGCUAUCGGGCAGCUAGGUCAGAGAGGUUUGGACCUGAGGCGUACCACUCACAGUGUGGCUGGUCAGCGGGCCCUGGGCGGCCUCAUCAGCCCACGGGGGUUGUUAGGCUGGGGGGGCACAUUGUGCUGGCUCGGUCAGUGCAGGCCAGCCUGGUCAGUGACCACUUGGGGGGUCGUUGCAAGCUCCAGACUGCUCUGUGUCCAGGUUCCUCAGGAUGUGCUGCUGUUCCGUCACGAGAGAGCGACCUUCUUCCGCCUCCUGGGCCUAUUCUGCGUGGCCCAGUUCCUCUUCUGGAGCUACUUGGCCCAUUUUGCCUUCACCUCCCUCAAGGACACAGGCUACCAAGAGACGGUUCUGGUUGGGGAACAGGCGAGCAGCCUUCCGAAGAUUGGCGGACUUACCUUGAAUCUUGGGUCCGACAAAUGGAGAUACGGUUUCACCACUUCGUGCCUGACUGUCGGCUCCUUGAUCCUGGCGGCCGGCUACCUGUUUGCUCGCCGCUCCGUGUGCCGUGUCCUGCUCUGCCGCGGGGGCCAGGAGGUCACCGUCUCCAGCUACCUGCCGUUCGGCAGCACCAGCUCUUUCACAGUGCCGCUGCGCCAGGUGUGCUGCGUGGCUCACCGGAGCCAAGUCUCCUCCCUCAUCCCACUCAAGAUCGGCGGCCGCCCCUUCUACUACCUGCUGGACAAGCAGGGGCAGUUCUACAACGCCAAGCUCUUUGACAUGACCAUCGGGGCUUACAGGAAACUCUGAACACCAC